AAUGUCGGGACACCGCUUAUCCGGUUUAACAGCGCUCCUCGCGUCACGGUUAAUGGAAACCCCAAGCGAGUGAUUAAACUUCUGGGAUCAAACUGGUACGGGAGAAAGCGCUCAUCAGGGAAUGAGUAAACGCAUAAAAAAUCGGGUGGUCGAUGAAUAGGAUAACUUUAAAUCAUACAGAUGAAGGGAUCUCUUUGUUUAUGGAAUUGACUGCAAGUAUUUAUCACUCACGGCUGGGUUUAUCCUUGACGUCGGGCACAACCGGAAGGUAGAAACACAUCUUGAGAGCAAAUUAGACUACAUAAACUUGAAGUGAAGCUUGGGGCUAAAUUUCGCCAACAGUUUUGAGCCAAAUGAAUUCGAUUUAUCCGGUUCGCAUGGAUGAGCCAUGUAGCAUUGGUCACUGGAGAAACUCGCGCAAUCUAGUAUCCAAGGUAGUCACAAAUAGCCUAAGAGAUUACUCUAUUUUGUCGGAAAAUGGGCAGAACUACUCUUCUACCUUCUCAGUCAAAACACGCACGAACGCAAUACGCUGUGUACAAUACAAGAACCAGAAAUAUUUCAGUUCCUACUUCCGGGCUUCUUUUAGGGAGCUACACUACUAAGAGACUUAACAGCUGAUAACAGUAAAAGGCGUUGAAUUUAAGUCUCACGAUAAAGAUGAUAAAGAGCCACGUCACCAAUUUUCAGUAUUUUGCAAAACCAAAACUGACAGCGAUCUUAUUUUUAAGUUGGGGACUCCCCGCGGAACACACUCUGAUAUAAUCGCAUGAUCAUCCAAGACCGCAAGAAUUUGCAAGACUGCAAAUUCUAGGAAAAAAAAACAGGAUGUUGUUGUAUAGAAAGCGUGAUUUUACCGUGAAUUUUUGUUUUCAGUUUCCAAGUUAAAUGAUCGUGUCAUAAGUGGGCGGUGUGGCCUGAGUUUGAUUCAUAUAAGAGCAGAAUCCAUCAGUUGUCAUCAUUUCGGCGUAUCGCUUCCAGUGACUCGGAGUUGCAGCUUACCGCAACAGGUGAAGUUAGGAACAUUUCUUAAUUUAAGCCUCCUUUCGCCGAUUUAUUCACAGGUGUUUGGUAAAGAAGAAAAAGGAAGAAGUAGCGAUUACUUGGUGCUGAUUUGAGCCGAAACAUCACAAGUCGACCUACAUGCUUAAUUGUGCGUUGUUGUUGUUGUGAAGAGGAUUAGAUCUUAUCACUGGAAGGUACUGAACGCACUUGUGAAACACGACGUUUUUAGAGGGUGUUGUAUCUGAUGAAACUGAAACCUCAGAAGGAUAGACCUGAUUCAUGGUUAACCCAGCAACAUGACGACACUACAGGUUUUCGUAAAAAGUUGUUCGGAAGCACCUGGUUGGCUGGAGAUAGAUCGUGGGGGUUCUGUUGCAGCUCAUAUACCCGUGCGGAACCAUGAAAAUUUGAUCAGGAUUCAAAAGAAAUUCGCUGGAUGGAAAGUUGAACUGUCCCGCGCACAUCCGGGAUUUGGGAAACCUUACUUUAUGCUUCUGACAAAUGAAAACAAGGGUGAUGUGAUCAAGUUAUCGAUUGUUCCUCAGCAAAACUUCGUGAGGACAUUUCUGAAUGACUGCAAGUUCAAGAGUGUCCAGCAUUUUACACUCGUCGGACCAAACAUAACUACUCGCAGAUCACAGAUUGAUAAAACAACCAGUGGAAUGAAACUGGAGUUAGAAUCAUACGGCACGUUAAGAAUCUCUUCACAUCCUCUUCAGGUCAAGGAGCUUUCUGCGAUAGUUUUACCCAAAGAAGGAUGCAACGAUGUUUGUGAUAUUUACGUGGACACCGGAGCUGUGUUGAGAUGCAAUAGCAUUGAAGUAGACCUCAACAACCGAGGUGUUGUAUUCAUUAACGGCACGGUCACCAGUCGAUCUUGUGAUGUAGGUAAAUGUCUGACCAUCAAAAUAAACAGUGGGGAGCUUCACAUUGGAAUAGACGGGGUUUUGGGCCAAAAAGUCAAUGCCACAGGAAUUGCCAAAAACGAAAAUCUGACCAAGAAAUUGGAAGUCGCAAUUGCCCAUGGCAAUUUGACAAACUUCGGAACACUAUGUGCUCAAAAUUGUCUCACGUUGACAUGCAACAAAAUCAUGUUAUGCUCAGAUUCGAAACAUGACACCGCUCAGCGUGGCUUUAGCAGUUUCAUUUCACUGCAAAAAGACUUGGGGUUUUUAUCAGACAUCACCCAACGUCCAAAGACCAGUUCUUCCCUUAAUGAUUCUCGAAUUUUGCAAGCAGUUAAGAUGCUCGAUUCAUCAAACUUCGUGCAUGUUGUGAAUGAAGAAGUGGAUCCAGCGGCUAAAGUCAACGGGAGAAGCAUUGCAUCAGAAUUUAAUGUGAUAUGUGGAGAAUGGAAAGACGACUUUGCCAAAGACCAGAGUGAAAAAGAAGUUAUACGUGGGGGACUGGUGACAUGUACGUGGAGACAUGGCGUCAUUCGAUCAUCCUCUAUCUCCUGCAUUGUAAAGGAAGACAUCCAUGACUGUUCCCAGCUGCAAGGGAAAAAAAUCCAUUUUAAUGUUGGUGGAUCUGUAACGGUUGUCAAGCCAUGGACAUGGCUCUGCGGAAAUGUAAGUGGUCUUGUCAGAGGCGAUUUCUUGUUUUUCGACAACGCAAUCUUGGAAAGAUUCGACCAAUUGUACGUCCUUGGAAACGUUAGAAUCUUUGAGACAUCCAUCGUUUGGACUAGAAUGGGUGGAAAAUUACACACUGGUGAAGUCUUUGAGAACAAAAGCUUAGUUGUCAGUGACGGUGAUCUUGCUUUGGACCUCGGCCAGUUAAAGCAAGGCAGAGAAGCGAAAAUGAUCAGCAAAGGAGAUCUUCUAUUAGUCUUCCGAGAUGGUGUUGAAAAUAGCUGGUUUGGCUAUGUUCUUGUCCUACAACAUUUCUUCAUUCAGCUACAGAGAAAAGUUUCCUGUGAUGCCUUUUGCACUGCCAAAGAAUGCGAUGCCGAGUUUUUUGAAAGAGAUGCUCAGCUGCUUGUCAAUCAAGCUUUCGUCGUGGAAGAGGGAAGUUUGAAUCUAAAGGCCACUGACGUAAGCCAGAUUACCAACUUUAUCGUGCUGGGUGAAUUGCAUGCUCAAGGAAUUAAUGGUAUUACGGCCUCUGUUUGCACACGAUCUGGUGCAGUUGUUGACCUCAAAUAUUCCCCGAAAGACAGACCAAGGCAAAAUACGAUAGAUGUCAUUACAAGAUGUCUGGAAAUCAGCGCUGACUCCGUCAUAUCAUGUAAUGGUCCUCAAUACAGAGAGAACAAGGGCAUCUUUGGGGACUCAAACGUUGCAAACAAUUUCUCCUCUGAGGAAAUCAUCUCAGUGAAUGGCAACCUGACAGCGUUCGGAACACUUUUGAACAUUCAGUCCAAGGCUUUCAGCAACAGUGGUAUGGUAAAACUGUCACCUGCCAGCACCGAUGUGAUCUCAGAAGCAAGUUUGCUAAGCAUUAAUUGCAAGGAAGAAACCGUCAAUGCGGGAGUUAUCGAAUGCGAUGGGAACAUGGAUCUAAAGUCGAAGAAUUUCUCCAAUGAAAGAGGAAUCCUGAAAUCGUCUAAUAUGGAUGUCGCAAUACAUUCUUAUGAUGUAGCAACAUUAGGUGGGCGCAUUUACGUCGAUAAACACUUCAUUGUUAGCUCGCAAUCGCAGAACGCUCUGUCCUUUUCUGCAUUGGGGGGAAAAGAUGAAAGCAAAGAAGGAUUUGUUCUACCAGACCAAUUUGAAGUCAGAUGUGUUAAAGGUCGAUUGCUGAUUGACUCCGCCAUUGCCAAAUCAGAAGACAACAUCGAGCCUGAAUGUAUUUUCAGACUGUGUGAAUGCUUGAAGUUGCGUAAAAAAUGUGAUCUGGGACAGUUCUUAGUUGAAUUCCACGGAAGUGAAGAUAUUGUCAGUAAAGAAAUGAACAAGUCAGUGCUUGCAGUAGAAGAUUCCCUUCAAGCAAGCCGUCUCUGGUGUACGGCCGCGAAUACCCCCAUAAAAGAACGCCUUUCCAUUGAGGGUCCGAACAAGAUGACUAUUAUUCGUGAAAUCAAAGUUGAUGAAUCAAUUGAGGAGAUUGUAUUUGACACAAUCAAUCCCCUUAAAUGCUCUCACGCUUCUCUUGAUUGUCAUUUGGCAGUCAUCCAAUGCCAAAUCGAGUGUGUUGAUAUCACAGCGAAAGCACUUCAUAUUCCAGGAAGACUGAGAUGCACCCAGCCAGCAACGAGAGAAAAACCAUCAACCAUCAUCGUAGAGGAUAUGAUAUCGUUCACUGGCAGCUUGGAAUGUGUGGGAUCCGUGGAAGUUAUUGUGGGAAAGGCCUUUGAGCAGGAGCAGGCGGAAUCUGGGAGUAUAGAUAUCUUCCAAAGACUAAAGAUAGUCACAGAGGAAAAUGGUACCGUUUUGCUGAAAGGAUUAACCAAAGGGAAAUUGGAUUCGCUUACUCUGUUGGAAAUUGAAGCCCAGAGUAUUAACAUUUCGGGAAGUUUGACGGAAGUGUCAGCUGUGAAAAUUGUCGCAGAUAAAGAUUUGCAUCUCACCAGGGAGAGCAAAAUCAGUUUAUGCGAGUCGGUAGAAAUUAAAGGAGAGUGGAUUACAACAGCUGGCUCAAUAGAAGAAUUCAGCCAUCUUCAAAUACAGCCAUGGGCAAUUCUGAACUCUGGUCAAAUAGAAUCGGUUCGGGAAGCUUGUGAUAUUACCUUAUCCUCUGACCUUGCCUUGGUCAACAGUGGAAUUUGCAGGGGCCACGUAACCUCUCUGGAAGCACCAUUCUUGUUAAGCCUUCCAGGCGAAGAGAUUGCUGAUGUAAACGAUGUGACGAAGUGUGAACUGGUUGGACGAGACAACAUUGAACUAGAAAGUAUCACGUGUUUCCUUGGGGGCUCUGCCCUAAAAUCGAACAAACGGAUCGAAAACAACACGGUUCUGCUUUUCAAGUUUUUGGCCUACGUAACAUGCAUACCCGACGCCAAAAGCAUAGAAGCGUGGUCAAAAGCUGGAGAAUGGCUGAAGAAUAUUCAGAAAGAAUAUGAGGCAAGCAAAGGCAGCCAUUCAAGCAAAUCAUUGACAUCCUUGAGCAGAGGUUCUAUGCAAAACGCAGAAAUCAGCUUACGACUGGGCCAAAUGUACAACAUGGUGAAUAACUUUGUUGCAGAAGUUCUGAAGAACGGCAUUGAGUCUUUCGACGUGCCAAAACUGGUUUUCAUCAUUACAAGCGAGAGCGAUAGAUAUACGAAGCUAAACGUGCUGAAAGAAAAAUUAUUGGCAAUCCCGCGAAAGGCAAGAAAAAUGCGAGAAUUGAUAAAGAAAGGAGGAAUGAAGGCCUUGCAAUCAAUGAAGGAAAGCUUUGGCUUCUCUGAAUCAAAGAAAAGUAAUCAAGAAGAUGGUAUUCACGAAUCUGGCUCUUACUGUUUUGGGGAGGGUGUCACCUUCACAGAGUCAUUCUAUGAAGCACUCUUUGACGAAGUUUUCUGCGACAAUGGUGCUCAAUUUGCUGGAGAUGUUGCUGUCGUAUCUAAAGAAAUUUUUUUGAGCAAAAGGGAAAAGAGAGCUAUUGCAAUGCUGCUUUGCGCAGAUGAAGUGUGCAGUGUGGGUGAUAUUGCCAGCAGUUCUUUAGACGUAAAAUCAUCCCGGGGAAAAGUUCAGCUUGUUGGAAAAGUUGAAUCAGACCAAGCAACGAUUGAAGCUAAGUCGGGCAUUGAUCUGGCUUAUCAUGACGAAAGAGAAGGGCGGGCAAAGGCAGAUCACAAGUUCAAGAGCAUUACGAUGAAAACUAACAAAAUCAACGAGGUUAAUAGUUUUCUGAAAGGCGAAGGAGUGUAUGAAGAUUUAAAGAUCUCUGAUCAACUCGGCUUGGUGUUGACGGAUCAAGAUGUAGUUCUUUCGAGCUGUAACCUUUAUCAUGGGUACGGGCUCAAUCUUAAGGCGAAGUCAGUUAGUAUUGACAAUUCUAACCUGAGAUUUGACAAAGGAGCAUCAAUAGCAUCAAAUCAAACACUCAAUGUCAGAAACUCAUCAGUCACGUCUCAAAACUCUCUCCUGUUGAAAUCUGUUGAAGGAAAUGUCAACUUGGAUUCGUCAAGUCUUGGAGCUGGCGGCGUUGCAGCUCUAGUAUCAAGCAAAGGAUCUGUUUCGAUGGCUGCUAGUUCAGUUUCUGGUGAGAAAGGUGCCGUUGCAGAGGCGAAGAAGGACGUAAUUAUUGAUGUCAAAGAAACGAGACACAGCACGUCUUCGUCAGAUAGAGGUUUUUUUAGCUCCUCAAAAGAUGUAACAUCAUAUUCCACUGUUUCAAAAUCGAGUAUCUCUUCCUCGUCUGGAAGUGUAUCGAUUAAAUCAGAAGAAGGAAAGAUCAAAGCAACAGCCACGGAAAUCCAGGCAGCCAAAAACAUCGCGAUUUCAGCGAAGGAAGAUGUCGUUAUCCAAGACAAAGUGACUGUUCGAGAAGAAGAGCAUGUGAGGAGCAACUGGUUCAGUACAAAGAGAACAAGACAAAGACAAGAUGAGCAGCAUUGCUCGCAAUUAAAUGCUGGUGGAUCACUCACUGUUUUAUCCAGAGAUUCUCAUGUGACCAUGAUUGGGACUGAUGUUUCGGUCAGUGACAACCUGAUGCUUCAAGCCGCUGGUACUGUCUUAUGUAAAGACAGGAUACUUUCACAGUCACGGGAAGUUCAGUCAAGUGGCUUUUCAUUCUCCGUAGAAAAUGGUCUAUCGUUUGGGCAAAAAUCUGAACGAAUGAUGCAGCAGCGUUUAGCUGGACGCACCAUGAAAGUUGGAGGCAACUUGUCUGUUUCAGCGAAAAACUUAGACGUGAAAAAUGCAAUGGUUAUGGGUGUUGGAAAUAUGCUUAUCGAUGCCGAGAACGUUAACUUUGAAGGAGCAGAAUUAAAUAAUUCGUAUUCUUCUAAAGAAUGGUCGGUCGGAUUUGGAAUUCAGUCACCGUGUACAGUGAAUGUAACCGCGGCAAAUGCUUGCUCAAAACAGAAGCAAAUCGUCAAUCAGGACAUCACUGUUCGAGGAAGAACCCAUUUCACCGCGGCGCAAAAUGUGAAUUUGACUGCAUGUAACCUAGAAACUGGUGCUAUCACUGGGAACAUUGAGAAUUUGCAUGUCAUUUCCAAGCAGAGUGAAAUAGAAGCGUUCGAGCAGACAGUAACUGUGGGCUUUGCCAUUGGUCCAAGAUUUCCUACUCCCGAAAAGUUCGGUUACAGCAAGAGUUCGGACGUCGGGAAGUUUGUAGAAAGGGCAAGCGGCAUCCAUUGCAGUGGACCAAUGAAAGAGGAAGACUUCAAAGUCGGUUCUCUAAACCUCAAAGGUUCAUCAGUUACGGCUGAUGGAGAUAUUGGAAAUUUUGCAAAGAAUAUUAUCUCGGAAAAAGUUUCCAGCUACCGAUCACAGUCCUCGUUCGGAUUCUCCUUAGGUGUCAAUAAAACCGGAGUGGCCGUGGGGUUGAGUACAAGCGAAAAUUCAGUGGCCAUGGAACACCAAGGAACUAUUGCAUCCUCUUCAGGAAUUGUUUCCGAAGAAAUAAAGAGAUCCGUUAAUACGGACUAUGGCAAACACGCAAGGAUCACCGAUAUGCGCAAGUCGGCAUUCGCAUUAAACCUUAGAGUAGCGAAAGACGGUAUGGGCGCAGAGGUUCAGGUAAAUGAUAAAGGCGCAGGAGUUUUUGCUUCGAAAGAAAACAUAGGAGGUCACGCGCAGUGUGGAGAUAGAGGCUUUGCUCUAUCAGGUGGUAAAUCAGGGAUUUCAGGGUCUUUGCAAAAUGGCGAGACUAGCAUCGACCUUGGCCUCUCAAAGGAGCAGCUUGAAAUAAAUGUCAAAUCCAAAGACAGUGCCAUUGGUACAUCACUUGGGAAAAAGGGGAUAUCUGGAUCUGUCCAACAUAAAAAUUUUGCAAUUGGCGGCUCCUUGUCUAAAGAAGCGAAAUCAAUUCAACUGAGUGCUGGUGAUUUAAAGACUGGAUUUAAGCGAGAGAAAAACAGCAAGACAGGCGAAAAGAUCACUUCCGCAAAUGUUCAAGUCGCAGAUCUUAAACUUGCUGGUUCAACAUCGAAGCAUUCCAAAUCGCUCCACUUUGCAGCUGGUAAUGUGAAGACUGGAUUUAAGCGAGAAAAAACCAGUGAGACAGGCGAAAAGACCACUUCCGCAAAUGUUCAAGUCGAAGAUCUUAAACUUGCUGGUUCAACAUCAAAGCAUUCCAAAUCACUCGACUUUGCAGCUGGUGAUGUAAAGACUGGAUUCAAGCGAGAGAAAAACAGUAAGACAGGCGAAAAGACUACUUCCGCAAAUGUUCAAGUCGCAGAUCUUAAACUUGCUGGCUCAACAUCAAAGCAUUCCAAAUCGCUCGAAUUAGUAGCUGGUGAUGUGAAGACUGGAUUCAAGCAAGAGAAAAACAGUGAGACAGGCGAAAAGACUACUUCCGCAAAUGUUCAAGUCGCAGAUCUUAAACUUGCUGGUUCAACAUCGAAACAAUCCAACUCACUCGACUUUGCACCUGGUAAUGUAAAGACUGGAUUUAAGCAAGAGACAAACACAGAGACAGGCGAAAAGACGACUUCGACAAUUGUUCAAGUCGCAGAUCUUAAACUUGCUGGUUCAGCAUCAAAGCAUUACAAAUCACUCCACUUUGCAGCUGGUGAUGUGAAGACUGGACUUAAGCGAGAGAAAAACAGCGAAACAGGCGAAAAGACCACUUUCGCAAAUGUUCAAGUCGCAGAUCUUAAACUUGCUGGUUCAACAUCGAAGCAUUCCAAAUCGCUCGACUUAGCAGUUGGUGAUGUGAAGACUGGAUUUAAGCUAGAGAAAAACAGCGAGACAGGCGAAAAGACCACUUCCGCAAAUGUUCAAGUCGCAGAUCUUAAACUUGCUGCUUCAACAUCAAAGCAUUCCAAAUCACUCGACUUUGUAGCUGGUGAUGUGAAGACUGGAUUUAAGCGAGAGAAAAACAGCGAGACCUGCGAAAAGACCACCUCGGCAAAUGUUCAAGUCGCAGAUCUUAAACUUGCUGGUUUAACAUCAAAGCAUUUCAAAUCGCUCGACUUUGCAGCUGGUGAUGUGAAGACUGGAUUUAAGCACGAGACAAACAGCGAGACAGGCGGAAAGACCACUUCGGCAAUUGCUCAAGUCGCAAAUCUGAAAUUUGCUGGUUCAACAUCAAAGCAUUCCAAAUCGUCCGACUUUGCAGCUGGUGAUGUGAAGACUGGAUUUCAGGGAAAGACAAAUGUCCUGACUGGAGAGACAACGACAUCUGCAAGUUUUAAGGCGGGUGACUUCCAAGUUGGUGGCAUUACCUCUGAGAAGUCCAAAUCAUUGGUUAUGAAAGCAGGUGAUGUCGCAACUGGCGUUCAGCAACAGACAAAUGUCCUGACUGGAGAGACAACGACAUCUGCAAGUUUUAAGGCGGCUGACUUCCAAGUUGCUGCUUCUACCUCUGAGAAGUCCAAAUCAUUGGUUAUGAAAGCAGGUGAUGUUGCAACUUUCGUUCAGCAACAGACAAAUGCUGUCAGUGGAGAGUGAACGGUAUAAUCAAUGCCCUGACUUGACGACAUAAGCAGGUUUAAAUGGAUUUCGGGACCUGUUUUAACGGAAGAGCUAAACGAGUUUGACGAUCUCGGAAAUCCGUUUUAGUUUUGCGUCUUAUUUAUUAAGUUCUUCCAACUGUUUUGAUGCAGUCAUAGAGCAAUCACGUAUUUACUUUCCACACUGAACUGAACACUUCUCUAAUCAGAGUCGUCCACUCUAGUUAAAGUUGUAAAUUACGGAAACUUUUAUCUGCGUGUUACUAGAAAUAAUAUAGUGUGACAAGAAAAGUGUAACCUAAGUGAUAUUGUUGAUAUCAUUAGUAUUUUAAUGUAGAGGCCAUUGUUUUUCAGGCUCAAGUUCGAUUUAGUAGUUCAUGAUAUACAAUAAAAUUCCGCAAGUACAGUCCUGUAUUUUCGCAAGUUAUCCUAAACAGGUUCUUAGAUAAUUGGUAAUUAACACAAAUUUAGGCUGCGUAUGUUCUUAAGUAGAGGCUUAUUUUCUGAAGAAACAAAUUACCUUGUACUUAAUAAAAUUUAGUGCUACUAAGCCUAUUCCUUUUAUAAAAUCUGCGUACCAACUUAGCAUUUAUGUAAAAUGACUAUAAUAAGAAAAAUUGAAGCACUGAUCACAUUAAUUUUGGAGUUCUCUUUCAGAACGUAACAUAUACAUGAACUGUGAUACCUUUAGAUUUUAAAAAAUGAGAACCUGUUUCAAAUUUGAAGCUAAAUAGCCUCAUGUAUACACAAGGUCAAAUUGGCAAACUAUAGGCUAACAGGUUCUUAAAAACUAGGUUCUUACUUGCAGGUUUUUACUCUAUAUCUACUAUCCGUAGUUCAGUUUUCAAUAAUUAAAGAUAAUUAAAGAAUGGCUUACAAAUUUAGAAGUAAAUGCAAUGCUGUUCUAUUUUUAAA